AUGACUUUGAAACCUUCUUCCACCAAUAUUAUUCCAUUUGCACCCUCAAAACUAAUGGCUGCAGAAGCCCCAAUCAAGAUUGGCACAAAGGGAACUGUUGGAUCACUCAUGAUGAAAGAGAUCGAGUACUUUAACCGGCUUGAAGCGGCUGCUACUUCGAACGUUGGUCAACCAAAACCCAAGAUAGAUCAUCAUUCAGUGAACAUAGCACCCAAAAGAAAGAAAAGAAGCAACAAGUUUGUGCCGAGCAUUUGUUCGGCCAUUGAUGUAGCCGAUCACAACGGGCGGAAAAUGGUUUCGGGGUUUGGUUAUAGAACUCUUAAAGCGGAUGUUGGAAGAUUGCAAGUUUAG